CUGGCGAACGUAUUUGCGCUGGUGUUGGGUGUUACAUUGUGCUGUUUUCCUAUUAUGGCUCGUACUAAGCAAACUGCUCGGAAGUCUACUGGUGGCAAGGCGCCACGCAAACAGUUGGCCACUAAGGCAGCCCGCAAGAGUGCUCCGGCCACCGGCGGUGUGAAAAAGCCCCACCGCUACCGGCCCGGUACUGUGGCUCUGCGCGAGAUCCGCCGUUAUCAGAAAUCCACCGAACUGCUGAUUCGUAAACUACCUUUCCAGCGCCUAGUGCGCGAGAUUGCGCAGGACUUUAAAACAGACCUGCGCUUCCAGAGCUCUGCUGUGAUGGCUUUGCAGGAGGCGUGCGAGGCCUACUUAGUUGGGCUGUUUGAGGACACUAACCUGUGCGCCAUCCACGCCAAGCGUGUCACUAUCAUGCCCAAGGACAUCCAGCUCGCUCGCCGCAUCCGCGGAGAGCGGGCAUGAUUACUCCGGCAGCUCUGACGGUCCAAUCAAAGGCUCUUUUCAGAGCCACCACCUUUUCAAGUAAGGUAGCUGUAAGAAGCCAAUCUACAGACGAAAGGGAAUCCAUUGGGAGCACUUUUCAUUUUAAUGUUUGCCACUGAAGGCUUCAAAACCAUUCGAUUUUGGCUGGUCACUGUGACGCGCCUGUGAUUCGAGCACUUUGGGAGGC